ACGCCCCUGAGCUGCUGGGACACAGUGACGGAUUGGCAACACACGAAGCAAACUUCGCUUUACGUGCGCUCACAAUCUACUAUUUACGUUUGAAAGUUGUGCGGGGAAUGCGCUCGUGUGGCGAGCCGAAACACUCUCGGCGGGCGAAAAGAGCAGAGAAACGUUUGCCGUGGGUGCACCUAGUCCUCUGAGCUGCAGACUCCUUCAUCGUCCUGUAUCCAGUUUCCAUACAAGAAGAAAGUACAAGAUCAUAUUCAUUUGCCGGACACUUUGAUUACGCUGUUUGGCCUUACCCAGCGGCCUGCUCUGGACAUCUGGGUGUCUGCUUGUCAUGGCCACCAACCGGGAGCAGCAGGUGGGUCACAUGACCAGCUUCCCACCUGCUGUUUACCCCUUUGCCUUCAACUCCAUGAGAAGCUCUCACUUUGACCUGCUCGCCAACAGCAGCCUAUUUGGGCGCUUUGGUGCUGACCUGCCCAAAGAGAUGGCAGCUCUCUCGGUGGAGACACAGAGCACCAGCUCAGAGGAGAUGGUCCCCAGCUCCCCAUCUCCACCUCCUCCACCUCGUGUCUACAAGCCCUGCUUUGUGUGCCAGGACAAGUCCUCAGGGUAUCACUAUGGGGUCAGCUCCUGUGAGGGCUGCAAGGGUUUUUUCCGUCGCAGUAUCCAGAAGAACAUGGUAUACACUUGCCACAGAGACAAGAACUGUCAGAUAAACAAAGUGACACGCAACCGCUGCCAGUACUGCCGCCUACAAAAAUGUUUUGAAGUUGGCAUGUCCAAGGAAGCGGUGCGUAAUGAUAGAAACAAGAAGAAAAAAGAAGUGAAGGAGGAGGUGGUGCUUCCAGAGAGUUAUGAACUCAGUGGAGAACUAGAAGAGCUGGUCAAUAAAGUGAGCAAGGCUCACCAAGAAACCUUCCCAUCACUCUGCCAACUUGGCAAAUACACCACGAACUCAAGCUCAGACCACAGAGUCCAGCUAGACUUGGGGCUAUGGGACAAGUUCAGUGAGCUCUCCACUAAAUGCAUCAUCAAGAUCGUGGAGUUUGCCAAGAGAUUGCCUGGUUUCACCACCCUCACUAUCGCAGACCAGAUCACUCUGCUCAAGGCAGCUUGCUUGGAUAUUCUGAUGCUGAGAAUCUGCACACGUUACACACCAGAACAGGACACUAUGACCUUCUCUGAUGGUCUAACUUUAAACAGAACUCAAAUGCACAACGCUGGCUUCGGACCUCUCACAGACCUAGUGUUUGCCUUUGCUGGCCAGCUUUUGCCCUUGGAGAUGGAUGACACAGAAACUGGCCUCCUCAGUGCCAUCUGCCUCAUUUGUGGAGAUCGUAUGGACCUGGAGGAGCCUGAAAAAGUGGAUAAGCUUCAGGAGCCUUUGCUGGAAGCACUGAAGAUCUAUGCCCGACGAAGACGCCCUAACAAGCCUCAUAUGUUCCCCCGAAUGCUCAUGAAAAUAACAGACCUACGGGGAAUCAGCACCAAAGGUGCAGAGAGAGCUAUCACCCUGAAGAUGGAGAUCCCAGGGCCCAUGCCUCCGUUAAUCAGGGAGAUGCUCGAGAAUCCGGAGGCCUUUGAGGACCAAACAGAGUGUAACGACAGCCCCCCUCCUCCCCCUCCACCACCUCCUCCGCCUCCAGCUUUGGUUCUCAAACAGGAAGCUGAGGAUGAGGAUGACAGCUGGGCUACAGAGAAUGGCAGUGAGCCAUCUCCAGAGGAGGAAGAAGAGGAUGAUGAUGAUGAGGGGGAUGAUGAGCGGGACAGGUGUUCGGACAGUGAUGGCGAAUCCUGGGGCCCUUUGGAGCCCUUAGAUGGGUCAAGGAAAAGCCUUGGUGGGAGGGCACAGUAAACAUUGUUUUUUUUAUAAACAUACACAUUGUUAUAAAGAUUUACAAACUCACUGUGCUGAGAGAAAAGAAUCAAUCACACUUUCACCUCAAAGAUGCUGGCCUUUCCUUCCCCUCUCUCUUUGCACAUCAGUGUCCCCCGCUGCAGGGCACAACAGAGCCUUAUGUGUAUAGACACUCCUAACUCAGGCCACAUGGUCCAUGACAAGUGAACUACAAGAAACUGUAAAGGAGAGCAGACAGAAAACUAUAUAAACUCAUGGCAUUAGCCAAGAGGGAAGUGAACGCAACACAAAGCAGAUAACCUCUUUGAGAAAACUAAUUUCCUUUUUUCAAUGUUGUUGUUCUUCAUGUCAUAAUAGGGAAAUGGCCAAACCAUAUACCAGCAAGAGACGCUGAUGGAUAACAACAAAGCACAUUUGUCUAAAGAAAACAAGAGUACUGGGGAAAACCAAAUUGAGUAUGCUAAUCUAUGUUAUUGUGGUUAUUGCAUUUGAAUAUUGUUUUCUAUUGUUUUUUUUUUCAUUCUAUGAAUAAGUUCUUGCAUAUCUACGUAUAUAACAUUGUAUUUUGUUUUUAUUUGUUAUUCUGGUUAUAUAUAUAUCAACCCUCUAGACUUAAUAAGCUUUCCUGUGAAAAUAUUCACAGGGAAAGAAGGGUAAUCAAAACUGGCUGGGUCUUCCUUAAUGGCUACUCGCUUAACAGGGGUUUAUAUGGGCACUUUUGCUCAGUUUGGAUGUCAUGAUAAUCAGCAUAGAGGACUGUUCUUUUGUUACAGUUACACAAUUCAUUUGAUCAGGGAAUUACCAUAAUAUAGUUUCAGCCAGCGUAUGAUCACUAUGGAAAAUAAUUGUGCCAAAGUAAAGAAAGUCAUCUUUGGAUAAACUUUCACUUCAGCCUGCGCACUAAUGAAAAUCCCUUUCAUAGACACACUCCUUUUCUCUAUCCUUAGCUGUUACAAGUGUGCCAACCUGACAAUUUUAUUACAGAAUCUUACACUUGAACAUAUAUGUAGCACUUUGUGGUAUUCAAGUAAGGCACACGUUGUUUCAAGAGUAUGUUUAUGUCCCUCUAUACAAUCAAACUUUGAGCACUCCCUAAUGAUGUCACAGGACAAAACACACACAUUUACAGUUUAUAAAAUCCUACUUGUCUUAUGCAAUGCUUCAAGACAUAUGCAAGAAGUAAAACCAGGAAUUUUCUUCUUGAAUGACAGUAUGGAAUCCGACUCAGGGCGUUUCAUUAGGACCAAACCCUAGCAGUUUGCAUGCUAGAAACUGGCAAUAUUUAUAUGUGUAUUAAGUUUUAAUCAGCUCAAUUACCCUUUUUCAUGUAUAUACUUAGAAGGUUACAGAAAACCGUUAAUAAGAGGUCAACAUCGUCACCAAUGCUGCCCAGCUUCCAUGUGCUUGCACUGGCAUUCCUGCAGCAAACUGCCUUCUCAUCUAAAAAGCCAUCUUUAUGUGUUUCUUGUGAAUAUCCCACUUCUCUAAAAGCAGCUCUAUGUGGAGGGUUAUAUGGGUUUUCAUGUAUCAAUUUCUUUAUUGCCAAAAUGUCUGGCUGGGAAAGCACAGAUGAUAUACGGAGGCUUUUUCUGCCUCUCUUUGAAGCAAUACAGACAUUUGUUUCUGUAGCAAUGAGAGUUCCCAUCUCACAAAUUAGGCAGGUCUCAUCAUUGUUGAGUGUGUGUAAAGUAUGCGUGAAUGCUGUUACAUUUUCGCCAUGGAGUGAAUGUUCUUGGUUGGUGCUGUCACACAUGAACUGUGUGAUUUCCUCAUUGCUUUCUUGUUGUUAUUAUAUUGUUUUUUGUUAGUUCUGGCGACAUGGCCAAGGUGUUGUUAACUCUUUUUGUUUAUGUCAUACAAAGAAAAGCCAUAUAAACAGGCACAAUAAACUUUUGAGAUAUUAUUCAGUA